AUGACAGACUCACCGCAAACGACUCGCAAGCGCCUGCGUCCAUCUUACAACUGCACUGAAUGCCGUCGCCGUAAGGUAAAAUGCGACCGGUCCAGGCCGUCCUGUGGUCAAUGCAGAGCCCUGGAUUUGACGUCAGCGUGCCUCUACGAAGAUAACCCUCGACGCUUGACAGUGGAUCGUGACACGCCUAAAAACAAUCAUAGUAGCGAGGAGCAACGCCGGUCAUGCGUAACUGGUGAAGAUAUGCCGGCUAGCUCAGGUGGUAUCCACGGCGCCAUGUCCAAGACCCGCGUGUUUGGACAUGGACAUUGGAUGAAUACUUUCUCGCUGGCAUUUUCAUCACUCGUCAAUGGUGCUUCAAGUGACGAGGCGGCCGAGACCGUUUUCGAGUGCAAGAGACUGGCUCAAAUGAUCAAGCAGCAGCGUCCCAGCCGGAGAUGCCUCCCUCCUGAUCUGUACACCUCUCUUCCAGAUCGAGGAGUCAUGGACGCAUUGGUAGAGUUGUACUUUACCACGUUUGAAUCCUGCUAUGGUAUCUUGGACUACUAUUCUUUCAUGGAAGAGUAUAGGACAAGCUUGGCGAGCGGCGAAUCCGCAGACCGCUCGUUUCUCUUACUAAUUCUUCUGAUCAUGACCGUUGCAGGGCCAUUACAUAGCAAGGCCAGUGUGCGCAGCGAGGUGGCAGCUUACGCUCGAAUAUGGAUUGACAUCGCCCAGACGUGGCUUUCUGCACCGCUGGAGAAAGAUCGUCUCUCGCUGAAAGCUGUCCAGGUCCAUUGCCUCUUGGCACUCUCCCGUCAGGUCAAUCAGGUGGGCUCCGAUCUCGUCUGGAUCUCAGCCGGCUCUUUGUUGAGGAUGGCCAUGCAGAUGGGACUGCAUCAGGACCCCGAUCAACUCGGCCAUAUGGACUCACGGCAGAAACAUAUGAGAAGACGGCUGUGGUAUACGAUCAUGGAGCUAAAUGUACAGGCGGCAAUAGACUCAGGCAUGCCGCCCAUGAUAACCGACGCAGACUACACAACCAGGCCGCCACCUGACGAGAUGGCUGAUUCGGAUGCUGCGACUGCUGAUGGUCAGCCCAGCCUUCAGGGUGUUCUGGCAAGCUCCCUUUCUGUCCGUUUGCGGGUAACGAAGGUGAUCAACAGCAUGCAAGAAGAGCCUUCAUAUGAUCAGGUCCUAGAGCUUGGGGGCCAGCUGGCAUCAGCUUGCUUUGAAGCGGCUCGUGUCAUAAACCAGACUGCCUGUGGUUCCAGCACCUUCACGUCUAGUUUCUGUAGUCACCUUCUCCGUCGUUUUACGCUGUGCCUUCAUUAUCGUUAUGCGAUCCGAGCCAGAUCGAACCCGCUGUACAGCCAUUCGCGGCAUGCCUGCUUGGAAGCAGCCCUGGACUUGGUUACUCUUCUGGAAGACAGUGUUUACAGCCAGCUUCUCGUCACUGGGGGAGGCAUGUUCGCGACCUUAUUACCCGGGGCGCGUUGGUCAUUUUCCUGGAAUUGGCUCCAGAUGCCGAAGAAGAUGCCUCCAUCUUCGCAAAGAGACGUAAUCGAGCUCGCCAAGAACCACUCUUGCGAGAUGCGCGUCGCCUUGUGCAGUACGCAAAGGAUAGGGUGGUACACGGGGACAUGA